CUAAGGCACCUUGAAUUGUGUCAAAUUAUCGAUAUAUACUCUGGACUUUCACAGUAGGCCAUGUGCGAAUUCCGGUUGACUUUAUGCUUCCUUAGCAAGUCCCCCUUUAUGUUCCUAGGGGCCGGGACGUUUGUUAAAUGGAAUAUCAUCGCAACGUGAGCACAUUGAGCAACCUCACUUCUGAGCAUUACAUUUUGCCGAACUCGAAUAUAUCCGGUUUUAUAAUUAUUGUAUGUGUUUAUGCCAUAGAUUGGAGCCUAAUAAUCUGAGACAAAGCCAGCUGCAAACAUGUCAUUGGUGACUGGAACUCUCCUAUCUAUCCUGGUCGUUCUGUUGGGGUUCCUCUACCGAUAUUACAGGGCAAGAAAGAAGCGACUUUUAUAUUUCGUAGAGCGAGGAAUUUCAGGACCUGAGCCGAACAUCAUCAUUGGGAAUCUCCAUCAGAUACGGAAUGAGGGUGUUGGUACGGUUACUCAUCGAUGGGCUGCUGAAUAUGGGAAAACAUACGGGUAUUUUGAGGGGCCGAAUCCAGUCAUUGUGACGUCUGAUCUGGAUAUCUUGAAAUCGGUCUUCAUCAAAGAUUACAAUAGAUUUGCUGCCAGAAAGCGUUUCCAACUCGCGCCUCAUCCUGACGACACGGAGAGAGUAAACAUGUUUUUCGCUGAGGGACAGAAGUGGAAGCGACAGAGAUGUAUCAUGACACCGUCCUUCAGUACGACAAAGAUGAAACAGAUGAGUCCUCUACUUAAUCGGUGCAUAGGCUCAAUGAUGGAUGUUCUAGAGGAGAGACAAAACGAAGGAGGUCCAUUUGAUGUAUACAAGAAUUUCCAAGCCUUGACCCUUGACGCGAUCUCAUCAGUUGGCUUUGGCUUGGAUGUCGAUUCACAACAUGACCAAGAGAAUGUCUUCCUACAGAAGUGUCGACAGGUGUUCAAAGAUGUCAUUCCCGGGACACGGACGCGGCCGUUGUUCUUCAUUCUGAUAAUAGUAGCAACAAUUUUUCCUGGACUGAACAAAUACUGCCACAGGCUGCAUCAUUUUUUCCACAAAGUUGGCAUAGAUCUUGACGCUAGGUAUUGGAUGCAAAGCACUGCGGGCGAUAUUAUUAAACAGCGGAAGGAGGAAAAGUAUAUUCCAAACCACAUCGACUUCAUACAGAUAAUGUUGGACGCAGAAGCAGAUGAAGUGCGUGAUAACCUUCUGGAGAUGACCAAGGAUGACGUCACUUCCCAAAAGGGAGACGAAAAAGACAAACUGAAUGAGAGUGACUCCGACAGUUCAAAACCUCAAAAGAAGUCAAUUGAGAAGAAGUUGACAAUAUCCGAAAUGAAAGCAAACUGUGAAUUAUUCUUGUUGGCUGGGUACGAAACGACCAGCACAGCGUUGGCAUAUGCUGCCUAUCAACUGGCCAUCAACGAAACGGUGCAGAGAAAACUCCAGGAAGAAAUAGAUGAGCAUUUGGAACCAAAUGUCCGGCCAGAUUACUACACCAUCAGAGGUCUUGAAUAUCUUGACAUGGUAGUAUCUGAGGUUCUUCGGAUGCACCCUAUAGCGCCAGUUGUGGUAGGGCGGACUUGCCUGGAGGAAACAACCAUUAAGGGUAUCAACAUCGAGAAGGAUGUGACUGUGAUGGCAGAUGUCGCAUCAGUCCAUUAUGAUCCGGAACAGUGGGGUCCGCGCGAUCCAAAUAUCUUCGAUCCCGAGAGAUUCCGUCCCGAGCUGAAGGCAACACGGCAUCCAAUGGCCUACCUUCCUUUCGGUGCUGGUCCUAGGAACUGUAUCGGCAUGCGCUUCGGCUUGCUGGAACUGAAGCUGGCCCUUGCCAGCAUUCUACAAAAGUACCACAUCAACAGGUGUCCCGAGACGGAGGUACCUCUGCAGACGAUUGAGGCCGCGACUAUCUGUCCGAAGAAUGGGAUUAUGGUAACCCUGUCAUUAAGGAAUAUUACGGAUUAGUAAGGACUUCAAAGUGUCCGAAGAAUGGAGUUAUGGUAACCCUUUCUUCAAGGCAGUAGAGCUCAGUUUGAACUUGAUAGUGACCGUUUUGCUGUUUGCGGAGAGUGGCAUUGGAUCUUGUAAGCAUCUCGCCACUUCGACGCAAAUCAUAAUUAUGUACAUUAAUGAUAUUGAUAAUAAAUAA